UGCGGUUGCGAUCCGCAACCGGAAGUCUAGAGACACAGCUGUGUGGGCUCUCUCCCCUUGGGUUGCCCUUGGCAAAGAUGGCGGCGAGCGGGGCCGGCGCUGCUCCUUGAAGCCGGCCUCUGGCCGAGGGUCGCGGGCGAGGCUUCUUCCAGGAAGCCGGGCAGACAUGGCGGCGAUGGGGGAGAGCUCGCCCAGCAUCGUGGAGUAUUUUGGGGGCGAUGGCGGCUACCGCUGCGGCUACUGCAAGAACGAGACAGGCAACCUUUCCCAGGGGAUGUGGGCUCAUUCACUAACUGUUCAAGAUUACCAAGACCUUAUAGAUAGAGGAUGGCGAAGGAGUGGGAAAUAUAUUUACAAGCCCACAAUGAAUCAGACAUGUUGUCCUCAGUAUACAAUAAGAUGUCGGGCUUUACAUUUUCAGCCUUCCAAGUCACACAAAAAGGUUUUAAAGAAGAUGCUGAAGUUCCUCAUGAAAGGAGAAAUUAGUAAAAUAGAUAGUGAAGUGGAGCCUAUGGAUUCCCACACCAAAGAUGCUGAUGACUGCAGUUUUUUGUUGAAAAAUGAACCAGGCACCAGCCAAUCUGAGCUAGAGCCCCUCAGCAUUGAUUAUACAGAGAAAGUGGAGAGUGAAGAAGAAACAAAAGGAGAAAUAAAUGCAAAGAAAGUAGAAACGCAGCAUACAGGAUCAUGCAAAGAGACAAUUCAUGACAACACCAGCAAGUCAUUUCAAUUAACUAAAAAAGUUGGCCAUGCAACUCCUAAGCCAGGCAAAGGAGCUGACUUGAGUAAACCACCUUGCCGUAAAGCCAAAGACAUACGGAGGGAACAGAAAUUGCAGAAGAGUCUUCAGAACAAAACACAGAACCCUACAGUUCAAGAAGGGACUCAGAAUUUGCACGGCCAAAGCUCUAAAACUAAAACAAACCAACCCAAAUCAGUUGAAGAUUUCAUUUUUGCCACUUUACCUCUUGAUGCUCUACACCACUUAGAGGUGAGGCUGGUGCAAUCAUCUCCACCAUGUUCCCAGUUCAAAGCCACCUUUCAGGAAUCUUACCAGGUCUAUAAACGUUACCAGAUGGUUAUUCACAAGGAUCCUCCUGAUAAACCAACGACCAGUCAGUUUACACGGUUCCUCUGUGACUCUCCACUUGAGGCAGAACACCCAUCUAAUGCUCCUGAUUGUGGCUAUGGUUCUUUCCAUCAACAGUAUUGGCUGGAUGGAAAGAUAAUUGCUGUGGGUGUAAUUGACAUCCUUCCAAAGAGUGUGUCUUCUGUGUAUCUCUACUACGAUCCUGAUUAUUCUUCUCUUUCUUUGGGAGUCUACUCUGCACUAAGAGAAAUUGCUUUCACUAGACAGCUUCAUGAAAAGGCCCCUGAACUAAGCUAUUACUACAUGGGAUUUUAUAUUCAUUCGUGCCCUAAAAUGAGAUAUAAGGGGCAGUAUAGACCUUCUGAUUUGUUGUGUCCCGAGACAUAUGUUUGGGUACCGACUGAGCAGUGCCUGCCUUUUCUAGAACAUUCAAAAUAUUGUCGUUUCAAUCAAAAUCCAACAGCAGGUGAUGAAGGAAAUGUGAAGGAACUAGAUCAAGUUCGGAUUCUCCAUAAGAGAACAGCUAUGCGUUAUAGUGUGUAUAAGAGAAGACGGAAAGGAUCGAACGAUGAAGAAAUUGUUCGACAAUAUGCAACUCUAGUGGGACAAGCCUGUUCGGAACGGAUGCUGCUCUUUCGAAGCUGAAGUGUUCAGUCUGUGGGUAUUCUGUGGUCCCCAUAUUGCACUAUUGGUGGGUGAUACAACCUUGCAGGUUUCGUGUUGACAUGCUUAUUGAAAAUACAACUUUAAAUAUUUCUAUAUGCUUACGGAAGAUUCAUACAAUGACAUAUCUUUAAAAUAAAUACAGUUUGCAACAUUUUAAAGCCAAGAUUUGGUAGAAUUUAGCGAUCCUUUGUCCUGUUGCCCUCCUUGCAUUCUGAAAAAUGUGCAUGGUGUUAACUGUGUAAGUGAUUGGAACAUUUCUUCCCCGCUGAGCAGCCUUGAAGAUAAUCCCUUAGGGGGAAUAUUUAAAGUUACCUGGGUGCUAAAAUGUAGUGAAACGUACAUAAUACUUCAAAUUUUGUAUUACAAGGAAAUGUGUUUAUGCAUGCUAGCAUUACUCCAGAACCCAGUGAAACUUGGGUCCUUGGAAUAAGCUUGUAUUUGUCCUACCGAAUCCAAUAAUAAACAUCAACUGAAAUUCUUCCGGAUUGUAAACUUGGCUUGUAGAAGGAACGGGAACCAUGCAGCACUCUAGACGUUGUGGGUCUGCACAUCUCAACACCUCAAGCCAGCAUAAUCAGGGAUGAGGAAUGAUCGGGUUUAUAUUCUAACAACAUCUGGUGGUGCAGUGUCUUAUAGAAUUUAUUAUAUAUGACAACACAUAAAGCCAUCUAAUGUGAAAUCUAUGCACUGUAGCUUUUUAGACAUUCACUGCAACUCUUCUAACGUUAGCUUCAAAUAAUGUAGUCUUGGAAUAGUUUUUAAAAAUUGGGACUGUUUUAGCUGGUUUUGUUUGUAAUUGAUAUGUUUGGAAAUAUUGGAAUUAAAGCCAAGGGUGGAUUCAUAGUUUAACUACCAAAGAAAUUGAUUUAAAUAAGACAGCGGAUUGAAGUUAUAUCUUGGGGGUCCAUCACAGUUUUCUGGUACGUCUCUCUCCUUGUGUUUUGGCAUUCUUAAUACCUAUUUCUGUUUAUUCCAAAAUCUUGGAAUUCUAUAUCUAACAGCAGGAUAGUUUGUUGUAAAUGAUUUUUUUCAUUGUAAGAACACAGUUGUAGACCUACCUAACCAGCGUUGUUGAUGUCACGUUAGCUUUCCAAAUUUCAAUAAAUCUGUAAAAUACACAAA